AUGGCUGUUAAAAUACAUUCUCCAGUAUCCAGAAAAAAAAUAAGUUCUACUACAUAUCCUUUAUAUUUUACUCUUUUUUUCGAAAGGUUAAAAAAUUAUGUUUCCGAUAGGAUUAGUAAUGUAAAAAAUUCAGAAAAUUACAAUAAAUUAUGCAGGCAUUUAAACUAUGACAUCGAUGAUGCACAAGAAAUAUUUUCUACAUAUGAUUUCUUAAAUAUUCCUAGAGAUGCUAAAGUAGCAUCAUGGAAUAGAAAUAUUGAAAAUCAUUUAGAAAGGGAAAUGCGUAUAAAGUCAGAAAAUAAAUGUAAAAGAAUAUAUCCUUUUUAUCCAAGAAUUCAAAGACACAGACGAAAAAUGUUGGAAGAUUAUUGUGAAGAAAGGGAUAAAAGAAGAGAUGAAGUUAAUGCUUCAGAUAAUUAUGAACAAAAAUGUUUAGAAUUUAACGAAUGGGUAAUUACGAAUGAGAACGCAAUUAAUAAUUCAUUUAAUAAUAAUAUAACUGAUGAUGAUAGAAUUAAAGGAGCAUAUACUAUUGAUAAUAAUUGUACUUUGAGAAAAGCAUCUAUUUUAUUUCCACGAAUAGAGUGUAAAAAUGAGGAAGAAAAAAAGGAAGACGAACCUGAAGAGGAAACAGACUCUGAUGAUGAAUAUAGUGGAGAAGAGGAUGAAGGCCCAAAAGAACCUGACGACGAAACAGACUCUGAUGAUGAAGACCCCAAAGAACCUGAAACUCCGAAUCCCCCCCCUGAAAAUGAGGGUACUGAGAUACCUGGAUUUUCUAAUUUACCUCCAUAUGUUGGUUUUAACCAUUUACAAACAGAAUCUGGAAGGUUUGUACGUGAUUCUCCUAGGUUAAUAUUUGAUAUGUUCGAUAAUUUUUUUCAGUUACCAAUAUUUGGGAAAUCCAAAAUUACAAGUACUGCAGAAGGUUUUAGCCAUAUUUUUAAUAUACGCAUUCCACCUACAAAUGUUGUAGUACCAACUCCUAAGAUUCCACCUACUGGUAAUCCUCCUAUGCAAGUAACACCAUAUCUUAUAUUUAUUCCUAUAGGUUUGUUAAUCCUUCUAAUUUCCAUAAUCCUGAAUUUAAUGGAUAAAAAAAAAGAAAUGAUAGCAGUGAGAAAAGAAGAAAAAGUUAAAGUGAAAACUGUGGUUCCUUCUGCUGUGUAUAUAAGAAUAAAAGAAUUAGAAAAGUUACGUGAAGAAAUAAAGGAAAAGCAAAAAGAAAAAUUAAAAAAAAAAAUACAGGUUAAAAAAAAAGUUGAAAUUAUAGAGGAUCCUUAUAAAAUUAAAUUAUUAGAAAGAAAGAAAUGGUUAUGGAAAACUAUUAUAGAAAUACAUAUGUUAAUUUUGGAAGAACAAAGAAAAGCAGAAUGGGAAUUUAAUAAAGGAGAUUUUUUAAAUAUAUGUAUUGAUGAAUUUUCAAGGCAGGAAAAAAAAUCAGAUAUAAAUGUAAUAACAAGUGAUUUGUUAUUUGGUGAAGAAAAAGAUGUAGAAACUAUAUAUAUGAUGAAUAAGCAAAGCGAUAUGUGGUAUAGAUGGGUUGAACGGCAUGAACAUAUGUUAGAAAAAUGGAAAGAAGAAGAAUGGUUUUUAAGAUUAAAAGAGAGUUGGAGAGAUGAAGAAGAAGAGUAUAUGAAAAGAGCUUAUAAAGAAUUAUUAAUUAGUUUAAGAGGUGAUAAAUAUCAUAUGUCCCAAAGACAAAAAAUUAUUUGGAGAAUAUGGAUUGCAAAACAUCCAUUUAGAGUUAGAGAAUUUGUUAUAGAUAAAUGGUUUAAUAAAUUAUUUGAAGAGCUUGAAAAGGAAGGUAUCAUAUCGGAUGAAGCCAUAAGAAAUUUUAUAUCUUUACAUGAAGAACAAUAUGAUGAAGAACAAAUCGAAGAAUUCAUAAAAUAUAAAAAGAAAGUGUUGGUGGUUAUAUUAUGGAUAAAAAUAUAUAUGUCAAUAUUGGAGGAAUAUAUAAAGGAAGAAGAUAUAGAGAGUGAAAAGUUAUUUAUAGAUACAUCGUUUGAAGAAUUAAAAAAGAAAAAAGAAAUAGAAGAAGAAGUGAUAGAAGAUUUGAAAAAAGAUAUAUAUGGAAUAGAUAAAAUGAAAGAACUUGAAAAGUAUAAAGGAGAGGAUUGGUUUAAGCAAAUGCAACAAGAUUGGAUUAGAAGAGAAUAUAAAUUUGUUUCGUCAUAUAAUUUGGGAAGUGACGAUGAAGAGGAGUUUUAUGAAUUUGUUAAAAAACCAACAAUGGAAAUACAGAAAGAUUUGUUAAAAGAACAAUGGAGAAAUAUAGAAUUAAAAUGGAUUGAUGAAGAUAAUGAUGAAGAUUGGUUGGAAGAUGAAUUGUUAAAAAAAAGGAAGUAUAUAAAACCUGAAGAUAAAAUGAAACAUAGAAUAAUUAGAGAGGAUGAUAUAUAUAGCGAAGAAUUAAAAAUUUAUGAUGAAAUAGAAAAAAGAGGUAUUUAUUUAUUAAAUAAAAAGGUAUUGAAAUGGAAAAUCAUCAUUGAAAUACAUUUGGAGGUAUUAUACGAUUGUAAAAUGGAACAGUGGGAAAAAAAUAAAGAAGACUUUUUAGAUAUAUGUAUAGAAGAAUUAGUAAAAAAACAAAAUGAAGAUAAAAAAAAAUCGUAG